AUGGAUUAUUCAAUCCCUGAUCAAUACUACUCUAACUAUUUCUUCACCGGUGAAUCGUACAACUUCCCGACUGCACCAGCAGAAUGCACAAAUGGCAGUGGCAUGUCAAUGUUCAGUGAAGAAACUUUUCCCUUCUUCAAUAACAAUGAAAAACUCAACAUGUUGCCAUUGAUGAGUUCUGAUACCAAUUCACCGAUUUCCUCGACCGAGCAAUUUGGGUUUUCGGACAUGGAUACGCAGGCAUUGCCAAAGGACUAUAAAGGGUUCUGUGAUUUUGGUGUAGGUGGUGGAGGUUUUGAAGCUCGUUACCAACAUGAGCUAUGUGAGCAAUCUGGAUGCAGUGUGAUGAUGCCAAAUUUGUGUCCAGUCUAUCCAGGGGUUGGUGAAAAUUGGGGAAUGCAAGGGAAGCCAGCAGCAAAUGUUGAAGAAACCGCGACGAAAGUUGAGCGAUAUUCAAAUGAAGAAAGGAAGGACAGAAUUCUGAGAUACUUGAAGAAAAGAAACCGAAGGAAUUUCAACAAAACUAUCAAG